GUUGCUCUCUCCUUCCUCAUCGUUCUCUGAUAACACCACCAGAACACACACACACAGAGCGCAUUGAAUCGCCAAGGCCUUUUCUUGGAUCCAAUGGGCAUGGCUCUCCCUAAUAUUGGUUCCUUCUCUUCUUCUCCAACCGCCGCCGUUGCUCCGCCAUCAACGAACUCCUCCUCAUCGGCCGAUGACGCUUCCAAGAAGAUCCGAAAACCCUACACCAUUACCAAGUCCAGGGAGAGUUGGACUGAACCGGAGCAUGAUAAGUUCCUUGAAGCUCUUCAACUCUUUGAUCGUGAUUGGAAGAAAAUUGAAGCUUUCAUAGGUUCAAAGACUGUCAUCCAGAUACGUAGUCAUGCACAGAAGUACUUUCUGAAGGUUCAAAAAAGUGGUACAAACGAACAUCUGCCUCCUCCUCGUCCGAAAAGGAAAGCUGCUCAUCCAUAUCCUCAAAAGGCUCCAAAAAAUGCUCCGGUUCUCUCAAAUGUUACAGCAUCAUUUCAAACCUCACCUGCUUCUACUGACCCUGAAUUUAAUCCGAGUGAUCCUUCUGCAGUGGUGAAGAACCAGGUCGAAACUGGUAGUUUGUCCGGUAUAGGGAUAGACGAUAUGGUAUCCGGAGGCCAACCAGAAGCUGUUAACUGUUGCAGCAGUAAUGCGAAUGCUCCAAAAACACAAACAAGUGAAAUACGUGAACAAAGGAGUCAUGGACUUCCGUCAAGAGUUCUGCCCGACUUUGCUCAAGUAUAUGGCUUCAUUGGCAGCGUGUUUGAUCCAAAUACUGAUAGUCACUUGCAUAGACUAAAAAAGAUGGACCCGAUUGAUGUUGAAACGGUCUUGUUGCUAAUGAGAAACCUCUCUAUCAAUUUGACGAGUCCUGAUUUUGAGGACCAUAGGAAAUUGUUGUCAACCUAUGAGGUUGUUUCAGAGAAAGAAAAUUCAGAUGUUGCGGUGGACGCCCUUCUCGAGUGUCAACCUGAGGAAGUUGGUCAUUUUGGGACUUGAAUAAAUAAGUGUGAGCUCCUGCAUUUAACAUAAGUUGUAAGCAGCAUCUUCUGCUUCUGCCAUGAGAAUCUGGUUUGCGCAGCUCGUCUGUUUGAGCUCCUACUAAUGUGUGUACAUAGCACAGCUGUUUUCGGGGGUGGGGUGCUGGAGGAAGUGAUGAAGUCGUGUCACGGGAAUGUAUAAUGUAAAAGAUUGAUUCAUGAAAAAAUCGAGUUUAUAGCCAACUGUUAUAACUGUAUUUGUAAAAUGUUUGAAAUCGCCUAUUUUGAUGGUAUGUUUAUUUUUUACAUUUUAAC